GGCGUGUGUCUCUCUGUGUUCUCCAGGAACAUCUCCUGGCUCCAAGAUGGCCUUGCAGAGUUCCUUCACCUGCUGGAACGGGACCGUCCUCCAGCUCGGGCAGGCCUGCGACUUCCACCAGGACUGCGCCCGCGGAGAAGAUGAGGACCAGCUGUGCAGUAAACUCCCUGCUGGUUUUUACUGCAACUUCGAGAAUGGCUCCUGUGGCUGGACCCAGGGCACACUCGCACCCCACAGCCCCCGGUGGCAGGUCAGGACCCUGAAGGAUGCCCAGGGCCAGGACCACCGAGGCCAUGCCCUGUUGCUCAGCACCACUGAUGUCCCUACUUCUGGAAGUGCUACAGUGACCAGCACUACGUUUCCCGCCCCGAUGAAGAACUCUCCGUGUGAGCUCCGAAUGUCCUGGCUCAUCCGUGGAGUCUUGCGGGGAAAUGUCUCCUUGGUGCUGGUGGAGAACAAAACUGGGAAGGAACAAAGCAGAAUGGUCUGGCAUGUUGCCACCAAUGAAGGCUUGAGCCUGUGGCAGUGGACGGUGCUGCCUCUUCUCGAUGUGGCUGACAGGUUCUGGCUGCAGAUUGUUGUUUGGUGGGGGCAAGGAUCCAGAGCCACCGUGGCUUUUGACAAUAUCUCCAUCAGCCUGGACUGCUACCUCACCAUCAGUGGGGAGGACAAGAUACCACAGGAUACGGCACCCAAAUCAAGAAAUCUAUUUGAGAGAAAUCCAAACAAGGAGCCAAAAGCCUGGGACAGUACAAGAGAGGUCCCCGUCUUUGACCCCACAGUUCAUUGGCUGUUCACCACGUGCGGGGCCAGUGGGCCUCAUGGCCCCACACAGGCGCAGUGUAACAAUGCCUACCGGAAUACCAACCUGAGCGUGGUGGUGGGGAGCGAGGGCCCCCUGAAAGGCAUCCAGACCUGGAAGGUGCCAGCCACCGACACCUACAGCAUCUCAGGCUACGGAGCUGCCGGUGGGAAAGGCGGGAAGAACACCAUGAUGCGGUCCCACGGCGUGUCUGUGCUGGGCAUCUUCAACCUGGAGAAGGGCGACACACUGUAUAUCCUGGUUGGACAACAGGGGGAAGACGCCUGCCCCAGCACAAACCGAUUAAUCCAGAAAGUCUGCAUUGGAGAGAACAAUGUGAUAGAAGAAGAAAUCCGCGUGAACAGAAGCGUGCAUGAGUGGGCAGGAGGGGGUGGAGGAGGAGGUGGAGCCACCUACGUGUUCAAGAUGAAGGAUGGCGUGCCAGUGCCCCUGAUCAUUGCAGCCGGCGGUGGCGGCAGGGCUUAUGGGGCCAAGACAGACAUGUUCCACCCAGAGAGACUGGAGAAUAACUCCUCAGUUCUGGGGUUGAAUGGCAACUCCGGAGCCGCAGGUGGCGGAGGUGGCUGGAAUGAUAACACUUCCUUGCUCUGGUCUGGAAAAUCUUUGCUGGAGGGUGCCACCGGAGGACAUUCCUGCCCCCAGGCCAUGAAGAAGUGGGGGUGGGAGACAAGAGGGGGUUUCGGAGGGGGUGGAGGGGGGUGCUCCUCAGGUGGAGGAGGCGGAGGAUAUAUAGGCGGCAACGCGGCCUCAGACAAUGACCCCGAGAUGGACGGGGAGGACGGGGUUUCCUUCAUCAGUCCGCUGGGCAUCCUGUAUACCCCCGCUCUAAAAGUGAUGGAGGGCCACGGGGAAGUGAAUAUUAAGCAUUAUCUAAACUGCAGCCACUGUGAGGGAGACGAGUGCCACAUGGACCCCGAGAGCCACGAGGUCAUCUGCUUCUGUGACCACGGGACAGUGCUGGCUGAGGACGGCAUCUCCUGCAUCGCGUCCCCCACCCCAGAGCCCCACCUGCCGCUCUCGCUGGUCCUGUCGGUCGUGACCUCCGCCCUCGUGGCCGCCCUGGUCCUGGCUUUCUCCGGCAUCAUGAUUGUGUACCGCCGGAAGCACCAGGAGCUGCAAGCCAUGCAGAUGGAGCUUCAGAGCCCGGAGUACAAGCUGAGCAAGCUCCGCACUUCCACCAUCAUGACUGACUACAACCCCAACUAUUGCUUUGCUGGCAAGACCUCCUCCAUCAGUGACCUGAAGGAGGUGCCUCGGAAAAACAUCACCCUCAUCCGGGGACUGGGCCAUGGUGCAUUUGGGGAGGUGUAUGAAGGUCAGGUGUCUGGAGUGCCCAGCGACCCGAGCCCCCUGCAAGUGGCUGUAAAGACGCUGCCUGAAGUGUGUUCUGAACAGGACGAACUGGAUUUCCUCAUGGAAGCCCUGAUUAUUAGCAAAUUCAACCACCAGAACAUCGUGCGCUGUAUUGGGGUGAGUCUACAAGCCCUGCCCCGAUUUAUCCUGCUGGAGCUCAUGGCAGGAGGAGACCUCAAGUCCUUCCUCCGGGAGACCCGCCCUCGCCCGAACCAGCCCUCUUCCCUGGCCAUGCUGGACCUUCUGCACGUGGCUCGGGACAUCGCCUGUGGCUGUCAGUAUUUGGAGGAAAAUCACUUCAUCCACCGGGACAUUGCUGCCAGAAACUGCCUCUUGACCUGUCCGGGCCCUGGCAGAGUGGCCAAGAUUGGAGACUUUGGAAUGGCCCGAGACAUCUACAGAGCCAGCUACUACCGAAAGGGAGGCUGCGCCAUGCUGCCCGUCAAAUGGAUGCCUCCAGAGGCCUUCAUGGAAGGAAUAUUUACUUCUAAAACGGACACAUGGUCCUUUGGAGUGCUGCUGUGGGAAAUAUUUUCUCUUGGAUACAUGCCAUACCCCAGCAAGAGCAACCAGGAAGUUCUGGAGUUCGUCACCAGCGGAGGACGGAUGGACCCACCUAAGAACUGCCCUGGGCCCGUAUACCGGAUAAUGACCCAGUGCUGGCAACAUCAGCCUGAAGAUAGGCCCAACUUCGCCAUAAUUUUGGAGAGGAUUGAAUACUGCACCCAGGACCCAGAUGUGAUCAACACGGCUUUGCCCACAGAGUAUGGCCCACUCGUGGAAGAGGAGGAGAAGGUGCCCAUGAGGCCCCAAGACCCGGAAGGUAUUCCUCCUCUCCUCGUCUCUCCUCCACAAGUCAAACGGGAGGAAGGACAGGAUCCCGCUGCCCCGCCCCCCCUUCCUUCCACUUCCUCUGGCAAAGCCAUGAAGAAGCCCACGGCAGCGGCGCUCUCUGUUCGAGUCCCAAGAGGGCCAGCCAUGGAAGUUGGACACGUUAACAUGGCAUUCUCCCAGUCCAACCCACCAUCAGAGCUGCACAAAGUCCAGGGAUCCAGAAACAAACCUACCAGCCUCUGGAACCCAACGUAUGGCUCAUGGUUUACAGAGAAACCCACCAAAAAGAACAAUCCUCCAGCAAAGAAGGAGCACCAGGAGAGGGGAAAUCUGGGGCGUGAGGGAAGCUGUACUGUCCCACCUAACGUGGCACCUGGCCGACUCCCGGGUGCCUCUCUGCUCCUAGAGCCAUCCUCGCUGACUGCCAACAUGAAGGAAGUGCCUCUGUUCAGGCUGCGCCACUUCCCGUGUGGAAACGUCAACUAUGGCUACCAGCAGCAGGGCUUACCGUUGGAGGCCACCUCUGGCCCCGGGACCGGUCAUUACGAGGACACCCUUCUGAAACACCAGCCUGGGCCCUGAGCCCCCCUGGCCCUCAUUUCUCUUCCUUGGGAAGCCUGAGCCCAUGGAGGAGGGCAAGGUCAUGGCUCCAGAGACCAAACGUCACUUCUUAUUUUGUGCCAACUUGUUUUGAAGUGCCCCAUACACAGCUCUAUUUUCAAAAUGCUUUAGAAAAAGGUUUUGAGCAUGGGUUCAUCUUAUUCUUUCAAAAGAAGAAAACAUCGUAGAGACAAGUGAUAACUGCAAGGCCCCGAUUCAGUUGCAGAAGGUUUUUUUUGUGCAUGGUUGACGUCCACGUCCUCCUGCUCACUCACAUUGUGUGUGCUCUGCUCAACUCGGUCAGCAUUAGCUGCUCAUGUGGCUCCGAGUUGGAGUCACAGGUGUUUCCUGACCUUGCGGGUGUGGACCCGGACCACUUGAACGGGGGAGGGAACAGAAAUAAAGGAGUUACUUGUCAGGA